AUGGCAUCCAAGGCAAAGCUCAAUGUGCAGUCUUUCCCACGGCCGCCUCUCCUGGAAAAGACACCAAGGCAUCUGCAGAUCAAGUGGAAUGGCCAUCUGGUAGCAGAUACCAAGGAUGCAUAUUGGGCCCUCGAGACUCAUCAUCCCCCGACAUACUACAUUCCUCCCUCGGCCAUCAAGCUGCCCCUCACAAAGACGGGACGGACCACUUACUGCGAGUGGAAGGGCGCUGCCACCUACUGGAGCAUCCCAAAUCCAGCAAGCUCAUCUGAGACAGUCUCCAACAGGAUAUGGUCCUACGAGCGGCCCACCAAGGGCUUUGAGGCCAUCAAAGACUACCUUUCCUUCUAUGCUGGUCCUUGGGAUUGCUUUGUGGACGGCGAGAAGGUCGAGCCCCAACCAGGAGAUUUUUACGGUGGUUGGGUUACGAGCGACAUUGACGGCAUCGUCAAGGACCACAUUGUCAAGCUCGACCCUCUCGGGUCUGAUACGUUCAGGUGCCUCCCAGGUGGCGUUUCAGUCAUUGUCAACGCGUAG